AUGGCCUUCAUCGAGUACAACACCAUCACCAAGGCAUAUGCUGAGCCCAGCCCCGUUACCGGCGAGGGCGGCCUCAGGGAAGAGUACAGCCCGGGAGACCUUGGGUUCGACCCCCUCAACCUCAAGCCCAAGGACCAGGCGGGCCUGGAGAAGAUGCAGACCAAGGAGCUUAACAACGGGCGCCUCGCCAUGAUCGGCAUCGCCGGCAUGUUGGUGCAGGAGCUGGUCAACCCGGCCGACAUCCUCGGCUAAACGGAAUGGGAGGAAUGGGGUCGGCUUUGCGACGAAGCCUGACCGUAAAUCGAUCUGUACAUAGAAGGGAGACAACGCAACAAGCGUGCCGCGUACUGCUGCGUUGCAUACGUGUUCGUUCCUUGAGAGAAAGAAUUGAUGGGUGUAAGCACUGCACUGGUAUGAGAACAAGGAAAGAACGGAUGCACGUGUGUCUGUUGGAUGUCGUUUUUAUUUUCAGUACAAAGUGACCCUCCACAUGUAACGAACCCUGGAUGGAUUUCGUCUGGUUUUUUAGGCUGACGUGGCGACUUGCAUGGGUUCAUUUCGUGUAUUUCGUUGCUCAAAGAAGGCACAUGAUGCUUCCUUGGAACACACCUGUAGUUAGAAACGUUAUUUACUCGUGCAGUCGUUGAUGGCUCAUCCUGCGUUUUCACCGUAAAAGAACGGGGUCCCGAAGGCGUAGGGUGUGUUAUCUGAACGGAUGCUUUUGACAACGUGCCAGCAGACGUGCGAGAUUUUCUUUAGUCGUAUGGGACUAGCUGGUCUGUUGAGGGGUCGUUGCGGCGGUUGCUGAAGGCAAAGUGGUUUUGGCGGGCACGGGGUAGAGUUAACGUUGUUAUGGCACACGCUCAGACACUAAGCCUGGUCUCCCCUGGACCCCUCCGGAAAACAUUAUAAUAAGCCAGAAACCGCACGCAAUGAUAUCGCUGAUUUCCGAGAACCAGUGUUUCCCGAAGGCCAAUCCUCGGCUCACCUGUGCCACAUACCCGUCAUCUGCUGGUUAAU